CGGCGUUGUCCACACCUUUCCGGGACCUUCCAGUUUCUCCUUCGUCUCUCUGUAUAAAACCCUAAAUCCCGAUUCUAAAUUUCCCCAACAAUUACAGAAAUCAUGAAGCCAAUCGACGACAAGAAGGAGAAAGUGACGAUUCGAGCCGUCAGCCGCGACGAGGAAGGGAAAAAGCGAGUCGAAAAGGCCGAGAUUGUUUCUCGCAACAUCGACACCAUCAAGUACGUUGAGAAGAAGCUCAUUGACAAGGGAGUCCAGCGCCUCGACCGCCAUCCGGUUCAUACCCGGACUGGAAUCGCCCAGCCGCCGCCCAAGUCCGGCCACGGCGGCAAGUUCACUUGGGAAGGACCCAGCGAUGCGAUUGAGAACGAGCUCUCCCCCGCCCCGGCUGCCAUUGAUGAGAACGAUCCGAACUAUGUGGAUGAAGUGAAGGAGGAGGAGGAGGUCGCCGGAUUGGUGGUCGGAGAAGUGGAGGUCGCGAAGGCGGCGGCGGUCACGGAGGGGGUUGCGAGAGUGGAGGUGGAUCCUCGGCUUCAACUGCAAUGAAAUUGAGGGAAAAGUGUUGGGUUAUUUCUGUAAUUACGUAUGAGUUUGUGUCUUUUUAUGUCAAAAAAAUAAAGAAUUCUGUUUUACUUUCUUUA